UAAGGAGAGCAAAGGAGUGUUUGUUUUGGCCAGGCAUGACAGCAGCAAUAAGGGACUAUGUAGAGCGAUGUGAGACAUGCAGACUGUUUGAUCAUAAACAGCAUAAAGAAACUCUCAUGUCCCAUGAAAUUCCAUCGCGACCUUGUUCAAAAGUCGGCAGUGAUUUGUUUGAAGUGAAGGAUCAUCAUUAUUUAGUCUUAGUGGACUAUUACAGUUCCUUCACUGAAGUUGAAAGACUUACAACAACAAACACAACAGCAGUCAUCAGGGCCAUGAAAAAGCAAUUUGCCCGAUAUGGAGUACCAGACACUUUGAUCACAGAUCGUGGACCACAAUACACCUCAAAUGAAUUUCAGGAUUUUGCCAAAGCAUGGGAAUUUCAACACAACAUGUCUAGUCCUGGACAUCAUCAAAGUAACGGGAAAGCGGAAAUGCUGUUAAAAUAGUGAAAACUAUUAUGAGAAAAGCAGAGAAGUGUGGCAGAGACCCCUGGGCAGCAUUACUUGAAUAUCAUAAUACCCCCACAGAAGGGAUGGAAUUGAGCCCAGCUCAAAGAGUGAUGAGCAGACGAACAAAGGGAUUUUCUUGCCAGCAACAGAUAAUCUUCUCAAGAGACACAUCCAGGAUGACAUGGCCAAUAUACAAAGGAACAGAAUGAAACAGGCACAAAUCUAUGACAAGACGGCCAAGGACUUGAGAGAGCUGCAACCAGAAGAUAUGGUGAUGAUUGAACCUUUUGGUUAUGGCAAACAGUGGCAAAAGGCAACAGUGACAAAACAAAUAGGACCAAGAUCAUAUGAAGUAGAGACAACAAAAGGUACCAAAUUGAUCAGAAACAGAAAACAUCUGAGACAAAUGAAACAGAACACAGUCAAAAAUCAGCAGAAGCUGAGCCAAGUGACUGGUAAAGGCAUGACAGGAGUAGACUUGCCAAUGACAAGAACACCAAGUCAAGAAAGAAAACAACAGCAGCAAGCCAGUUCAAAGCAGACUCAAAGAAGUAGUGGUAGAAUAACUAAAAUGCCAGCAUAUUUAGCAGAUUAUAAGCUGUGCUAGCGUAGAGUAAGAGAACUUUUUUUUGUAAAGAAGGAAGUGUGUAAGGGUAUAUAGUAUAGAUAUGUACCGGUGUGGGAAUGUAUACGCAAUA